AUGGCUCGCAGCAGCUUCAGCGAACCUUCCACCUCCCGGGUGUCCUUCGGCGAGUCUGCGCGGUCAGAGCACCAGUCUCUUCUACUGUCGCGAGAACGUGCGUCUACAGCAGCGAGCAUCCAAUCUGAGCGGCCGAUCAGGGCCCCUCCAACAUGGCCGGCUGUUCUUGUCAGCCUGCUUCACAAUCUCAGUAUGGGAGCUGCCAUGAACGUGUGGCUGGAGGUCUGUUCGGAGGUGGUCCAUGCAUCGGGUGAUGCCGAAACUGCCAAAUCUGCGGCUCAGAAGUACUACGGACGCCUGCUUGCAGCAAACGCAGUCUGCGAGCUGAUCACCAGUCAGCUGGUCGGGGUUCUCAGUGACAAGUACGGGCGAAGACCAAUUCAAAUCUUGGCACAGGUGGGACAAGUCAUUGAUUACAGCAUAGCUGGCCUGUGCUUGCCCACCUUGGGCAUCGUCAAACAGAUCCCAGCAGAAACCGCAGAGGGCUUGCUGUUUUGCUCUCGCGGCAUUGCCGGCUUCCUUGGCAACUACAAAGUCACGUUGCAGUCUUACACGGCCGAUAUCUCAAGUGCUGCAGAGUGCCCUUCAAACUUGGCCGCCUUGGGGGCAGCUAUGGUGGCAGGAAUGUGCGCAGGCAGCAUCAUUGUCGCUGUGGUGCAAACGAUGGAGAUUUCCUUCCGCGCCUGCUAUUUCACUUCUACAGGUCUGAACGUGUGCAUCAUCCUGGUGGUCCUGACUAUUUGGAAGGACAUUGCGCCGCGAAAGAAUUUCACCUUUGCCGAGGCGAACCCUUUGGCAGGCGCGCAGGUGCUCACAGUUUCCCGUGCAAUGGUGAUCUACUCCAUCUUGGUGUUCCUCAGCUCCUUUGCCCUCAACAUGUUCGUGAGCACUUUGGAUUUCUAUUGCCGGACGUUCUUGUUGAUGGACAAGAAAUUCUUUCUUUUACUGGGCUUCGUCUGGGCUCUUCAGUCUCUUGUCAUACUGGGAGUGUUGCAGCCAAUUCUGACACGCAGAAUUGGCGAGAUCGCAACUUUGACUCUGAGCUUCGCAUGCAGCAGCAUCUUUUAUCUGUCAUUCUCUAUGCUCACUCCCAGCACCUGGGGCUUUGCCUACGUGGUGAUCAUCUUUUUCAGCUUUGGAUCAAUGUGUUAUCCAAUAGCUGUGGGCCUCGCGGCAAGGGAGCUUCCACCACAACUGCAAGGAACACUUCAAGGAGCAGUUUCCAUCUUGGAAACAAUUGCCAAAAUCUUUGCCCCCCUGCUGGCAUCAGAUGUAUUGAUUCCAAUGUUCGAGAAUGACGGACAGUUCCAUGGCAUGGUGUACCUCGUGGCUGCAGUACUUCUGAUUCCGGGUGUCCUUUGCAGCCGAUCGUUGACACGGUUCACAUGCCAUAUGGACGCCAGCAAAAUUGACACAAACGCACAAGCAGCCGUCGAGAUGCAAUGCGAGAUUGUGAGAUGA